GGAGCAUCUCGGAAAUGUGACGCAAACACUAACGCGCAUGAGGGAACAAGGAUUCACACUGAAGGCAGAGAAGUGUCACUUUCUCCAAGCCUCAGUGGAGUAUCUCGGAUUCGUGGUGGAUAAGCACGGGCGCCACGUAUCCGUCAGCAAGGUACAGGCCAUACUGGAUAUGCCGGCACCGGAAGACGUUCAGCAGCUCCGGUCAUUCUUAGGAAUGAUCAACCACUACAGCCGAUUCAUCGCUCAGCUAGCAACGAAAACUUACUGUAUGAAUUCGUUGCUGAAAGCGGAUGUCGAUUGGGCGUGGUCACGGGAGUGUGAAUCUGCCUUCCAAGGCCUGAAGAAAGAGCUGGCGGAGGCAACGAUGCUGGUCCACUACGAUCCAGCAAAGCCACUGAUACUAGCAGCUGAUGCAUCACAGUAUGGCAUUGGCGCAGUGAUCAGCCACCGCGGCCCGGAGGGUGAAGACCGCCCCAUUGCGCAUGCGUCGAAAACACUGACCGAAACGGAGCAGCGGUACGCCCAGAUUGAAAAAGAGGCGCUGGCUCUGGUCUUCGGAGUGAAGAAAUUUGACCAGUAUCUGGCCGGACGCGAGUUCGUAUUACUCACCGACCAUAAGCCACUGGUCACGAUAUUCGGAAGUAAAGCCGGAAUCCCGAUCGUGUCAGCAAACAGACUGCAGCGAUGGGCAGUGGCACUGAUGGGAUACAGCUUCCGGAUUGAAUACCGGUCAACAGCGGACUUCGGGCAAGCUGAUGGACUCAGUAGGUUGCCGCUGCACUCCAAAGACAUGUUCGAUGUCAACGAUUGGGGAAUGAGUGAAGUGGUGCACCAAAUCGACGUUGAGCAGUUGUCCGAAACACCUGUCGACGCACGGAAGAUUGCGUCAGCGACCGGUAAAGAUCCGCUUCUUGCGCGCUGCAGACAUCUGGUACUGUCCGGAUGGCCAGAUAAGGCUCCAGCAGAUAUCCAGCCAUACUACCAGCGCCGAUUUCAGUUGUCGGUGGUCAGUGGUUGCGUGGUUUGGGGAGCAAGGACAGUGAUUCCAACCGCCCUCAGGACGCAGCUACUGAAUUAUCUGCAUCAGACCCAUGCAGGUGUAGUCAGGAUGAAGGCGGAAGCGCGCAGUCACUUCUGGUGGCCAGGAAUGGACGGCGACAUUGAACGCCUGUCUCAGAACUGUCCACAGUGCAGCCUGGCAUCAAAAGAGACACCAAAAGUCCCCCUGCAGCAAUGGCCGAUAGCGGAGCGUGCGUGGGAACGUGUCCACAUGGAUUUCGCGGGACCGUUUCGUAACGAAAUGUUCCUGAUCAUCGUGGACAGUUUCUCCAAAUGGCCAGAGGUGAUCAGAAUGAGGCGCACCCAGUCAGCGGAUGUCAUUGCCGUAAUGGAAAACCUGUGCGUGCGCUAUGGGUAUCCCAGACAGUUGGUAACGGACAAUGGGCCGCAGUUUACCUCGGCGGAAUUCAGUGAUUACUGUCAACGUAACGGAAUCAAGCACCUGCGCACGGCUCCAGGACAUCCGCAGUCAAACGGGCAGGCGGAGCGGUAUGUCGGUUCGUUCAAAGACGCCAUGACAAAGAUGUUGGCUGCCGGGAAAACCGAUCUCGACGAAGCCAUACGGCAGUACCUGCUUCGCUACCGUACGACACCGCAGUCAACAACCGGAAGUCCACCGGAUGAACUGUUUCUCAACCGACGGCUGCGAACAGCACUGGAUCGCAUUCAUCCAGAUGUGAAUGAGAAGCGAGUCGCAAACCAGGCUCGUUAUAAAGAGCAGUUCGAUCAGCACACGAAGGCGAAGGAGUUUAGCCCUGGUCAGAAGGUCAUCGUUCGCGAUUACCGCCAUGGGCCGAAAACAAACUGGACAGCUGGGAAACUAAUCAGCAGGAAAGGUCAACGUCAGUGGAUAGUCACAGUUGAUGGUGAUCAGUGGGUCAGGCAUGAAGACCAGAUCAAACUCAGACACUGGAGAAGCGACAACGAAGAGCCAAAUGAUGUAACCGCACUGCCAGAAAUCCCAAAACAACUGGCAGAAACGACAUCGAGCGCGAGUAUGAAAACUGCUGAACCAGAAGUACCAGCAGCAGUAACUGUGAAGCCAGAACCUGAGAUUCCAGCUGUACCGGAAGCGAUAACGAAUCCGCAACCGCUACCACAAGCGACAAAUGCGGAACAGCCAGCAUUACGCCAGUCUACAAGAGUGACGAAGGUUCCCGAUCGAUAUGGAUAUGAAAAGGGAAAAAUGUAGCGAAAAAAGUUUUUUGUAACGGAGAGAGGAGAUGUGGUGUAUUGUUGCUAAGCAGACAGAUUAUGAAGUUGUGUUACAAUU